AUGGGCUCCGUCUCUCUGAAGAUCGGCGACGGCACCGCCAGAUUCCGGCGCGCCACCCUCUGCUCCUCCGCCGUCAACAUUCUGAUGCUCUUCUCCGUCGUCACCACCAACCUCUUCGCCCUCUACGCCUUCACCUCCUCCUCCAACUCCCCAAAAGACCAACACCGCCUCCUCCUCCACCAAACCCACAAGAACAUCUCCCUCAUCUCCGAGCAGGUCUCCCUCAUCCUCCGCGAGAUCGACUCCUCCCAGAAGAAGCUCGCCCAGAUGGAGAAGGACCUCCUCGGCUACGACAGCAUCGAUCUCACGCGCCCCAACACACCUACCGAGCUCAAAGCUUUCCUAAACCACCACACUCUCCCUCUCGGGAAAGACUCCAGAACCGGGAUCACGGAAAUGUUGGCCUCGGUGGGCCACUCUUGCGAGAAAUCCGCGGAGCUGUUGUCCCAGUACAUGAGCUACAAGCCCUCUGGGCCAUGCCCCGAUGACUGGAGUCUGGCCCAGAGGCUGAUCCUCCGCGGAUGUGAGCCACUUCCGCGGAGGAGGUGCUUUGCCAAGACAGUGCCUAAGGUUGGUUUGUCUAGUUUCCCGUUUUCGCUUUGGAAGAAUGUUAGUGCUAAGAGUGUGACUUGGAGUGGUCUAGGGUGUAAGAAUUUUGAGUGCUUGAGUAGUAAGAAGUUGAGUAGGGAAUGCGUCGGUUGCUUUGAUUUGGGUAGUGGGGCUGAGAAGCAGAGAUUUGUUAAGGCUAGGAGCAAGAACGAUUUUGUUAUUGAUGAUGUGUUGGCUUUGGGAGGUGGAGGAAUGAGAGUGGGGUUUGAUAUUGGAGGUGGGUCUGGCACUUUUGCUGCUAGGAUGGCGGAGAGGAAUGUGACUGUGAUCACCAACACUUUGAACAUUGAUGCGCCUUAUAGCGAGUUCAUAGCUGCAAGAGGGCUGUUUCCGCUGUUCUUGAGCUUGGAUCAUAGAUUUCCUUUCUAUGAUAAUGUGUUUGAUUUGGUUCAUGCUGCGAGUGGAUUGGAUGUUGGUGGAAAGCCGGAGAAGUUUGAGUUCUUGAUGUUUGAUAUCGAUCGGAUCUUGAGGCCUGGAGGUUUGUUUUGGUUAGACAACUUUCAUUGUGCUAAUGAAGAAAGGAAAAAGGACUUGACCAGAUUGAUCGAGAGGUUUGGAUAUAAAAAGCUGAAAUGGGUGGUUGGAGUAGAUACUGCAUCAGGGUCAAUUUACUUGUCUGCGGUUCUGCAAAAACCAGUUAGGGUAUGA